UUCUUGCUUGCAACCUCUAUCCGCAACUCUUAUUCACUCUCUCUCUCCCUCUCAUAAUUACCACUAUAUCAUAGAGUAAUUUAAUUAAUUUUAUGUCACACACGAGACUCACACACACACACACCCUUGAUUAUUUAAUAAAUACAUGUUCCUUCUUUCUUAUUGUUAUUGCAUAUGAUGGAGCUUCAUUUGGGCCUUGCUCUCUCCACUUAUAAUUCCUGUGCCUAUGAUGCUACUAGUAAAAUCCAUUUCCCUUUGAACCAUAAUACUAAUAAGAAACGCAGUUUUUCUCAACUAGUCUUGGAACAUGCAGCUGAAAAUUCUAGUAGUACCAACCUUCCCACUCUUUCUCUCCUCCCAUUAACUCCUGGCCAUUCAGAUGAUCAUGAUCAUCAACACUGCAGUCAUAGCUCCAACACCACCAUCACCGAGAGCGAUGAGAAUGAUGAAGAAGCUCUAGCGGGAUGGCCACCGGUUAAUCAUCAAAGAAAGAAACUACGUUGUAAUGAUGAGGAGGAUGAUUAUGAUCAUAAUCAUAGGAAUUUUGUGAAGGUGAAGAUGGAGGGUGAAGGAAUAGCUAGAAAGGUUAAUCUAACUAUGUACCAUUCAUUUCACACUCUCAACCAAACUUUGAUCAACAUGUUUGGAAAAUGUGAUGGUCAACAGUAUGAACUUGUUUAUCAAGACAAAGAAGGUGAUUGGCUUCUUGCUCAAGAUAUUUCAUGGAGAAGUUUCACUCAGUGUGCGCAACGCCUCAAAUUGCUCAAGGGAAUUUAUAUCCAUGGCCAAAAGGUUACCUAUUUCUUCCGACCUCUUUGGGACAAUCCGCCUGCCCCCUUCAGAAGUAUACCUCACUUUUACGCUGAAAAUGUCUCUAUGGACCACCUUUGCCGUCUUCAUGGCUGGUCCCUUCGCUCACAACCUCGUCGCAUUUUUGACGCAGUUAUCUUCAGCAACGAGUUAGACCUGCUAGAGAUUAGAUGGCAUGAACUUUAUCCAUACGUGUCAAAAUUUGUGAUCCUCGAGUCCAAUACCACGUUCACAGGCAUUCCAAAACCUCUUUUCUUUUCCGUAAGCAAGGAAAGGUUUGCAUUUGCCGAAGAAAAAGUUGUCCAUGCCUUGUUUCCCGGAAGAGUUGCAGUCCAAGGAUCAAACGAGGACCCGUUUGUGCUCGAGUCAAGGCAACGUGGGGCUAUGAAUACAUUGAUACGGCGUGCAGGGAUUUCCGAUGGUGAUAUUCUUCUCAUGUCGGAUACAGAUGAGAUUCCAAGUCCUCAUACUUUGAAACUUCUUCAAUGGUGUGAUGGGAUUCCUCCCAUAAUGCAUCUUGAACUGAGAAACUACAUGUACUCAUUUGAGUUCCCCGUGGACUACAGCAGUUGGCGAGCCACUGCCCACGUCUUUGGCACCCGGACACUUUACCGGCACUCACGCCAGACCGAUGUAAUCUUCUCGGAUGCAGGAUGGCAUUGUAGCUUUUGCUUUCGGUAUAUUUCAGAGUUUGUGUUCAAAAUGACUGCUUAUAGCCACGCAGACCGUGUGAAAUGGAAAUCUUUCCUUAGUCAUUCAAGAAUUCAGGACCUUAUUUGCAAGGGAGAUGAUCUUUUUGACAUGCUACCUGAAGAAUACUCCUUCCAAGAGUUGAUUAAAAAGAUGGGGUCAAUACCACGUUCAGCUUCUGCGGUUCAUCUUCCUGCUUACCUGAUAGAAAAUGCAGACAAAUUUAAGUUUCUUCUUCCUGGAGGUUGCUUAAGAACACCAGAAUGAGUGUUUUUGUAAUUUAUUUUAUUUAGCUUUUUAGCACAGUAACACGCCACUUAGAUUUUUUCCAUUCUAGCUUUCAGCUAUAGAACUUAGCUUGAUAUUUUUGUAGGAUAUUACGUAAUAAUAUCAAGUAUUUUAAUUUUAUCAUUUUGUACAUGAAGCAGCUGGUAUAAAUUGAAUGAGAAACAGACAAAAAUAACAGUUUUUGUAGCUGUAAAACUCAUCCCUUGUACACUUUCAUAGAUGAUAAUGAGAAUGUGUGACAUUCAAAUAA